GCCUAUGGCCUAGAUACGUCGCGAUUAAUAUCCAGAUGAUGAAAAGAGGAGGUAGCUAUUUUCUUAAAAUGGCAGAGAUGGAUUUAAAAACAGCCACAUCAACGAUGGAAGCUUUGGUUCGUAUCAGUUCUAACAUGAAGAGCCUGGAGCAUGAGCUGCACUGCCAUGUGUGUAAGGACAUAGUCAAGCAGCCCGUGGUCCUGCCAUGCCAGCACAGCGUCUGCCUCAUGUGUGCCUCGGAGGUCUUAGUGGCAAAUGGAUACCCACCUCCAGAGCUUCCCCCAGAGCCCAACUCUCCAGCCUCCACACCCAAUACCCGCUCACCCCGCCAGGCACGCAGGCCUGUUCCUAAAGCUGAGCAGAGGCCCAUUGACCGUGUGCUGCGAUCAGGUCCCCAUCCGCCUUCUCCAUCCAUGCCUCGGUCUCCGGGAUAUGGGACGUAUCCAGGGCGACGCCGGAAGGAGGGCCCACCGCUGGUGAUGAUGUUCCCCUGUGUCCCCUGUGGCCGAGAUGUGGAGAUGGGAGAGAAGGGUCUGACUGACUGUCUGCGCAAUCUCACUUUGGAGCGUAUAGUGGAGAGGUACAGACACACAGUGAGUCUGGGCAGUGUGGCUGUUAUGUGCCAGUUUUGUAAGCCUCCUCAGGCUCUGGAGGCCACCAAGGGCUGCGCUGACUGCAGGGCCAAUUUCUGUAAUGAGUGUUUCAAGCUGUAUCAUCCAUGGGGGACGCCACGGGCACAACAUGAACAUAUUCUACCUACACUCAACUUCAGACCAAAGGUUCUGACUUGUCCAGAGCAUGACCAGGAGAAACUGCAGUUCUACUGUAGGUCCUGUCAGCGGCUGCUCUGCCCGCUCUGCAAACUGCGCCGCAUCCACACCGGACACAAAAUCCUCCCAGUGGCCCAGGCAUACCAAGCCCUGAAGGAGAAGAUUACAAAGGAGAUGAACUACAUUCUGUCCAACCAGGACACAGUUCUGGCUCAGAUUACCCAGCUGGAGAGCGCCAUCACUCAGACCGAGGUAAACAGUGUGUCGGCCAGAGAGCAGCUGGCUCAGAGCAUCAGAGAUUUGACUGCGGCGCUGGCCGAGCGCCACGCUUCCCUCACCCAGGCUCUGGAGGUGGCACGGCAGAAACGAGGCGAGGCGUUGGCUGCACAAGUGGCAGAGAGACGGGGAUUGAUGGAACAUGCAGGGCUCAUGGCGUUUACCCAGGAACUGCUGAAGGAAACCGACCAGCCCUGCUUUGUGCAGGCUUCUCGCCAGACUCAUAACAGGUUGAGUAAAGCAAUUGAGAAUCUCCAGCAUUUCACUCUGGCUGCUGAUCCAUCCUUCAGACACUUCCAGCUGGACGUCUCCAAAGAACUCAAACUCCUGACAGAAUUGAACUUCAUCCAGGCCCCCUUCGCUCCAGUGAUUGACACCCAGCGUACCCUGGCCUAUGACCAGCUCUUUCUGUGCUGGCGACUGCCCCAAGACUCCGCACCCGCCUGGCACUUCUCUGUCGAGUAUCGCCGUCGGGGUGUGGUACCGGGAGGAGCGUCCCGAGGCGGGCUCAGAGGAGGACUGGCCGCCGCCCGCUGGGGCUGGCAGCGAUUGGAUGAAGUGAGUGGGACCAGCGCCGUGAUUGACAGGUUGGAGAUGGACAGCGUGUACGUGCUGCGGGUGAGAGGCUGCAACAAGGCAGGCUACGGGGAGUACAGUGAGGAGGUGUACCUGCACACCCCACCUGCGCCAGUGCUCAACUUCUACCUGGACUCUCGCUGGGGUCUCCAUGCCGACCGGCUGGUGGUCAGUAAAGAGCAGCGCUGUGCUCGUAGCGUCCCUGGUCUCUCUCUGCUGCAGGCCGCUGACCACGCCCUCACUUCCUGUCACCUGACCUCGGACCUCCUGGUCGGGGAUGUAGCUAUUACACAGGGACGUCACUACUGGGCAUGCUCAGUGGAGCCUGGGUCUUACUUAGUGAAGGUUGGCGUUGGUCUGGAAUCUAAACUGCAGGAGUGGUUUCACCUUCCACAAGACAUGGCCAGUCCACGCUACGACCCAGACAGCGGUCAUGACAGUGGAGCAGAAGAUGCCUUGGACUCUGCUCCGCCUUUCUGCUUCCUCACUAUGGGAAUGGGUAAAAUCUACCUGCCCCAGCACAGCAACCACCACCACAGUAGCCAUGGGAACCGAGACCCCAUCGCCAACAGCAACGGCCCCUCCUCGCCCACAGGCGUCACCUACCCGCUGCCGCCCCGGCUCGGUGUGUGCCUUGACUUUGAGAAGGGCCGUGUCACUUUCUACGAUGCCCACUCUCUGCGACCUAUGUGGGAGGGUCAUGUAGAUUGCUCUGGCCCCGUGUGUCCGGCCUUCUGCUUCAUUGGUGGAGGGGCCCUGCAGCUCCAGGAGCUGGUAGCCAAUCGGAACGCGGAUCAGACUCCGGUCAGAAGGGUAACCAUCCAACCCCGUGUCUCCAAUUUAAAUAACAAUUGAUGCCUGAUCUGAGGUUAUAUGGUAAUUUGGAAUGUAAUUGGUAAUUGUGAAGUAUUUACUCAGCUAGAGCAAAAAGUUAGACAUCUCAGCGAUUUUGUUUUUGUAUUUAAUUUUCUUUGUAUGAGAAAAUGUUUCUAUAGCAACAAAUAUGCAAUGUAAUUAAGUUUCUUACAUUUUUGUUAUAUGCAGUUUUGCAAGAAGUAUUGCUUAAGUGGUGUCUGGUAUAUCCAGCACUUAAUAUGUAAUUAUACCUUUGAUGCUUGCACUUGUAGCCAGGCUAUAUUGCAUACAUUUAUAAAACUAAUGUAGAUACAGCACCACACAAUGCUGUCUUUCCUGUAGAAGCUUUUACUCAUUUCAUGCCCAUAAUACUUAAAGCUUAACAUAUAUUUUGAUUUAGAAAUAUGAUCAUUAUGUGAGUAAAAAAAGGUCGCAAAUAUUUUAUUGCUCUGUAACUUGUGUUUAACCACACAGUUGAGGGCAUUUCUUUGCCGUUGGUGAAAACUUUCCAGUCCUUCACCCAUUAUGAUCCCAACCAAAGUUAUUGUUUUUCUGGGAUGUAAAUGUGGUAAAUUAGAGGUAGAGAGGAACAAUGAGGCAAUACUGUAAUUAGAAGCUCCAAUUAUACCUCUGCUGCACAGCUAAUCACUAGUUUCCACAGUUCUGUUUAUGCAUUGCUGUUUUGUAUUUCAGAUACGAGUCUGAUGUCUGUGUGUUUGUGUGUGCUUGUGUGUGUGCUUGUGUGUGUGCGUGUGUGUGCGCUUUUGUGUGUUUACUUCACUAUGUGCAUGGGUGCGUGUGCGGUUUGACUGAUAACAGCGUUGAUUCAUUGGCUGACGAUGAAAAGUUGUUUUCUCGCAAACAGUUCUUUUGAUUUUUUUUUUUUUAACCUUGCUUGAUUGUAAGUUAAUGAGCAGCGCUUCUUGUGCAACGAUUAGCAGAUUAAAUCCAUGUAAACUUCACCUGCUGGCAGAUUGUUUGCAAAAGAAAAAUGGAUUACAGAAAUAAACACUGAAUAAAUACAAAUUGUUUAAAUUACGACAACACCUUAUGUUUCCCUUUGUUGUUGUUUCUGUUUAGUUAGAAUUCAAUCUGCUUCAUGUGGAUUUCUAACCAUUCCCACUUCACCGUGAGGGUGAAUCAUCACUGUUGUUUCACCACAAGGGGGCAGCAAGACAUAGCAGAACAGCAGAGGCAUCUCCAACCUCUUUUUAACACACUGCAGCUAUUGUAAUGAUUUUAUUUGGAAAGAUGAAU